GAUCGUGGAGCAAAUGGAAAAUCCGGGGAACAUCUCAUAUACCUGCUAGACGGGCUGGGAUUGACGUCAUUUAGUAGGCAAUAUAUCAUCAGCCCAUCUUCGUCUCAUCACUUCAUGUCUACACGUCGUGGUCCUCGUUGGUUACUUGUUCAACCCCUUCAUUUUAAAUACUCGCAUCAUCACACAAGACGUGAUAGCAUACAUCAUUACCGUUCAACAGGCCGUCAAGCUAAACAUCACAUCACGUGAACUCGGCAAUCUCGCCACCAGACUGUCAAAAUGCCUGCCACUACACGUAGCAAGACAAAGCAGUCUCAUCUCGAAGACGUUGCGACCACAGAGACGAAGCACGAGUCCAAAGCGAACAAAGCAUCUGAUUCAAAGGACCAAAAGCAGUCCAAAGCUUCCGCCAAGAGAUCCGAGUCCAAGUCCAGGCAAUCAACAAAGGACAAGACAAAGGACAAACCACCCACCCCAAACAAGCGCAAACAGCCCGACGCCGCCGAUGGUGCUGAUGGCAAUGCGACGUCCGGAAAACUUUCUCCCGCGAAGAAACAAAAGCAACAACAUGCGCCCAAAGCCGGCGAUGACGCCUUGUCCGACGACAAACCGAUCAUGAUCAACCGCUCUCCUGUUCUUCAACUCUGGUCUGCAUGCGUUGCACAACACCUGUACCCCGACCAAUCCUGGACGACAAGCCUAUCCGUCGGCUCCGCCAUCUCAACACUGUGCGCCAUAUCAAAGGGCCGCUCCAUCGGCACGAUCGAGGAGUCAGACAAAUCACCCGAUGAGAAAGCCGAAAAGGACGCUCAACGGCGCGCCGCAAACGCCGGAGCCGACAUUGAAGUCCAAGUCAUGGGCUUUACACUACACAUCAAGAACGGCGAUGUCCUCCUCCAAGGAAAACCGAAGCAUGGCAAUGAAGCACUCUUAAAAUCUAAGUUCGGCGAGGACAACUAUGAAAGAACCAAAAAGGCUAUGGAGGAUGCCCUUGCGACGUGGAAGAGCAAGGACGAUGACUUGAAUGCCAAGGCAUUCCACAUGUACGAAGAAUUCAGACCGAGUGUGCAGAGUGGACAAGGAGGCUGGGGCAAGAAAGGAGCUUUGGAGCUGGACCGAGUCAAAGAAGUAGUUGAGCGAGGAUAAAACUGACCGACCGAGAACGAACAC